CUGGCCGCCUUCGCGCUGAACGCGCUGGAUGAUGCGGAGUUCCAGGCGGUGUUCCACCACGUGAUCCGGUGCCCGCACUGCCAGGAGGUGCUGCUGGGGUUCCAAGAGACGGCGGCAAGGCUCACCGCCUCGACGCCGGAGGUCGAGCUGCCGGCGGGUCUGAGGCAACGCGUGCUGGACAAUUCCACCGGGCGGACGGCUCGCGCGGCUGUUGGGCGGCGAAUGGUGCCGGACCCGCGUUGGUCGGUGAAACGAUUGCGCCGUUGGGUCGCGCCGCUGGCUAUCGGGGCACUGAGUUUGCUUCUGGCCGCUUCGGUGGGUUUCAUGGUCUCCCAGCACAGGGAGAUCAGCAACCUGACGGAGAGGCAGCGGUCGGAGGCCCUGGCAUCGGCCGGCACUGCGGUUGCGGCGGCAGCCGAUUCGGAUACGCGCGCCACAGAGGUGCGGGUCGCCACCGCGGCGGAGCCUCGCGACCAGAGCGAACAGGAUGUCUCCGCCAGCCGGUCCAGCGGCGCCCCUAACCUAGCGCCGAACGCCGGUCAGCUCGCGCGGUCGGAGGCGGCCGACGCACGGGCGACCGAAGGAUCCGAAUCGGUCGACCUGGUCAAGCAGGGAAUGGCUGACAUGGUGGAAGCCACCGUGAUGUCGGCGCAGCCUGAAACAGAGAAGCUGCUAAUGACGUCGCCGAUGGGCACCGAGCCGACGGCUCGUGGGUUACUGAUGUUUCAUCCGUCCGGGAAGCAGGGCGUCCUGAUGGUGUCUGGAAUGCCGGCGGAUACUUACCAGAUCUGGCUGGCGCGGGACGACGAGCGGAUUCUUAUCGACCGCAUAGUGGUGAACGAAAACGACGGAACCGGAGUCAAGGAACUGGAACUGGACGAGUCGGUGUUCGGAUUCCACGAGGUGGCGUUGUUGCCGGACGAACGGCACGGGCCGACAGCUCCCACGGGCGAAAAGUUCCUCGCCGCACGGAUCAUAGGAGAACCGCCGGUACCGCCGGGAUUGUGGCGGUGGAGGUGA